GGAGUGGGGGAAGCGCAGCAGCAGCCGAAAGCCCUGCUUCCCGGGAGCCUCCCACCCCGCCCCUCGGCGAGGAGGGCGCGGAGACUCCUUUGGGGGCGGAGGAGGAGGAGGAGGCCGGGAGGCUGCGAGGGGGGAGACAAACCCUGCCCACUCGGCUCGGAGCCCGGAGCGGCCGCGGAAGUCGGAGGCCGGCGCGCAGGGCGAGGAGGGCACCGGGGGCGGGGGGCUCCACUCCCCGCCUGACCCCUGUCCCCCCGCCAGGAAAAGUGACGGCUCCUGGGACUUUAGAGCCAGCGGACGGACCGACCGCGAUCGCCAGCCGCGCCGGGUCAAGGGCUUGCCCCGGCCGCCCCCUCCCCGCCCCCCAGGCGCUCCGAACUCACUGGUGAGCGCGGCGGCCCGGGCGCCGUAUGCGGGGGCAGCAGCGAUGGCCCCGCGCGCCGCACAGCCGGAGCAAAGGGGGCCGCUCCUGCCGGGGCUGCUGCUGGUGGCGGCGGCGCUGAGCCGGCCCGCCGCGCCCUGCCCCUUCCAGUGCUACUGCUUCGGCGGCCCCAAGCUGCUGUUGCGCUGCGCGUCGGGCGCCGAGCUCCGGCAGCCGCCGCGGGACGUGCCGCCCGACGCGCGCAACCUCACCAUCGUGGGCGCCAACCUGACGGUGCUGCGCGCGGCCGCCUUCGCCGGCGGGGACGCCGGCCCCGAGGAGGCGGCGGCGGAGGCGGCGGAGGCGGCGGAGGCGGCGGCGGCGGGCGGCGUGCGCCUGCCGCUGCUGAGCGCGCUGCGCCUCACGCACAACAACAUCGAGGUGGUGGAGGACGGCGCCUUCGACGGGCUGCCCAGCCUGACGGCGCUCGACCUGAGCCACAACCCGCUGCGCGCCCUGGGCGGCGGCGCCUUCCGCGGGCUGCCCGCGCUGCGCUCGCUGCAGCUCAACCACGCGCUGGCGCGGGGCGGCCCCACGCUGCUGGCCGCGCUGGACACGGCGCUCGCCCCGCUGGACGAGCUGCGCCUCCUGGGCCUGGCGGGCAACGCGCUGAGCCGCCUGCCGCCCGCCGCGCUGCGCCGGCCGCGCCUGGAGCAGCUGGACGCGCGCCUCAACGCGCUGGCGGGCCUGGGCCCCGACGAGCUGCGCGCGCUCGAGCGCGAUGGCGGCCUCCCCGCGCCGCGCCUGCUGCUCGCGGACAACCCCCUGCGCUGCGGCUGUGCCGCGCGCCCCCUGCUGGCUUGGCUGCGCAACGCCACGGAGCGCGUCCCCGACGCGCGGCGGCUGCGCUGCGCCUCCCCGCGGGCGCUGCAGGACCGGCCUUUCCUGGACCUGGACGAGGCGCGGCUGCGCUGCGCCCACGGCGACGCCGAGGGGCGCGGAGAGGAAGUGGAGCUCGCCGGCCCGGAGCUGGAAGCCUCCUACGUCUUCUUCGGGCUGGUGCUGGCGCUCAUCGGCCUCAUCUUCCUCAUGGUGCUCUACCUAAACCGCCGCGGCAUCCAGCGCUGGAUGCGCAACUUGCGCGAGGCCUGCCGGGACCAGAUGGAGGGCUACCACUACCGCUACGAGCAGGACGCCGACCCGCGCCGCGCGCCCGCCCCGGCCGCCCCGGCCGCCCCCGCCGGCCCCCGCGCCACCUCCCCGGGCUCGGGGCUCUGAGUGGCGCCCCUUGGGGCUUGACGGCUGACCCUGCCGGUUGAGGACUUUCCUGCGAUUACCCGGCUGAAGCCAUGGGUAUGAGACCCCCGCCAGGUGGGGGCUUCGAGAUUCGCCCCUGACCGGCUGAGACCUCUGGAUUAUGGCAUUCCCCGCCGCCACCGCCACCACCACCCCCCCCACGCCAACCCGGAGGCCCCAAGCUGGCACCCUCCUCUCCCCAGCCUCUGAGAGCCCUCGCCAUCAAAGACCGAGAGACACCCCUUAUUGAUUCCAGACACCGGACCUGCCCAUCCCAGGCUCUGACACAUCCCUCCCCGAACCACCCCCAAAGCACCCUCCCCCUUUCGAGACUUGCCCGGAAACUUUGUCCUUCAGUGCGAAAGCCCUGAGACUGCUUCCACCACCCUGUGCUUUGAGGCUUGAUCUCUCAGUGGGAAACGUCUCCCUAGACAUCACUGGCUCCCAGCUCCAGCCUGGAGACCUCAACUCCCUUCCCAGGGCUCAGGGACCCUCAUAUCCUAUUCUGAUCUCAAGCAGAGCACCCCUCUGAAGGCUUUUGUGGACUUUGAGCCUUUUUUCUCAUCCCAGGGCUCUGAGCCCUCCCACCCUGCAGACACCCACAUCCUAGGGCUCUGAGGGUUGUGCACCCUCCCCCCAUUUGGGGGUGGGUGUAUUUCAUACUGCCCACCACCCCAGCUCUGGCUCAGGCUCUUCCCUUCCUUGGCCCAGGCUUGGGGCUCAGCUCCAUCAGUCUCCCAUCCCAGGGACAGUCACACCCUGUUAUAGCCUUAGUAUGGAACCGAUCCUCAGCCUUUUUCACCGGGGCUCUGAUCCCCCAGUACUCAGUGCUUGUCCCUAAUCUCAAGACUCUCAGCUCUUCACCCUGAUCGGACUUUAAUCCACCUGCCCAAGUCUUAGGCUCUCUAUCCCCCCUACACCCAUCGCUUGCACUCACUUGGUCAGGAUCCAGUGAGAAAUCCAUUCCUGGGGUGUGCCCACACCCCCCUUUCCUCCUAGGAUGAGCUCUCCAGCCCUGCAAGACAGGUGCAGGUGCCAAGCAUCCCCCAACCAUACUGGCAGAUCCCCAGGGGGAAGGAGAGAGUCCUAGGGGUUCAGAGUAGUUGGUUGGGCCUCAGAACCAGGGUCACCUGUACAUGGUGGCCUCAGAGAGGAGUAAGGGAGGAGGCUCUGAAGGGCUGGGAGCUGCUGCCCCCAAGCUCUUCUUUUCCACCCAUGUGACUCUUCUCCCUUGGGGAUCCCUUGUCCCCACAUCCCCCUCCACCAGGCCUUUUGGCCUCAAAAGGGAGGCCAAAGAUGAGGGGCCUCAUCUCUUGUCUCAGGCACAAGCCAUCCUGUUUAGGGUCAGAGCCUCAGGGCCCUGCCUUCUGCAUGAUCCCAAAGCACAAUUGGUGAGUGGGGAGGGGGCUGCCUCUCCCUGACUCCCAUCCCCUAGGUCAAGCAGAAUGGCUGGCCUGUGCUGCCUCUGCACACAGGAAGUCCCAUAACCCGCUCCCCCCCAACCCCAACUCCUUCAACACAUUGGCUUGAGGUCUGCCUUCCCGCCCCCACCCAAGACAUCUGAAUCUCCCUUGGGCAGUUUUCUAUAAAGUCUGCAAUAAUCUCAA